GGGCGCGGCUUGCGGGACACACCCCCUCCCUUUUAACUGCUGGCUUGAAGGGAAUAGCUGGAUCAGAGGCAGAGAGUGAUGUUCCAGGUAUAACUAAAUCGUUUUCUGGGCCACCACCCAAGAGGGGUGGAGUGAAGGCUGGUGAAGAAAAAGCUGGGAGGAAAAGAACAGGGGAGGGCACGAGAGGUGGACAAAUGAAAGGGGGAAAAAAGAAGUUUUCCGGGGAUUUCUGAGAACUCUAAGCCAACUUCCCGGACGCUGCAGGACAAAAGUGGAACAGGAUCCAACUCAGAACACUGGGAGGAUAUAGAGCUUCUUUGUGGCUUGGGUUGCUCUGGCACUGCCCCUUGGCGGAGGCAGCGGACUGGGACGACUACAAAAGCAGGAAGGGAGAGGGACGUUCCUGUGAGUCACUUGAGGUGUGGGGAAAAGGCAGCUGGCGUCUUCCUUUCAGCAAAGAUGCCCAUCCUCAAGCAGUCCCCAGUUUCUCAUUCCAAGAAGAGGCCCCGCCUGGAUCGAGCCAUGAUUAGCGCCCCUUUGGGGGACUUUCGACAUACGAUGCACAUUGGCCGUGGGGGUGAUGCUUUUGGCGAUACAUCUUUCCUCAGCAACCAUGGGGGCUCCAAGACCAAUGGGUUGCCUCAUGAUGUGGCAGUGUCUCCUGGGUCCCUCUGUUCUCCUGGAGAUGUUUCUGGUUGCUUUGAACUGCUGUCUCCUCCUGGUAGCGGGAAUGGCGUAGUCCAGAGUCCGGCAACCUCGACCCCUGAUGGCAGCUUUGUGGUACUGCAGAGCCCAGAGAAGGCUGACUGGAAGCCACAAAAGCCCCCUAAUGGAGAAGGUUGGGACCUGCAACAGAAGUUCUCCUUGGAGAGUCCCACACUGGAACAUGCUGAAUCCCUUCUCUCUUUCCAGCUGGACUUGGGGCCUUCCAUCUUGGAGGAUGUGCUUGGAGUGAUGGAUAAAGACUGGGACAGUAUUAAAGGGCAAGAGCAGGAAGCACUGAGGGGUGAGAGCUCAAGCCCACUGGGGUACUCCCAGCAGGGGGAUGAAAAAGAAGAGGAAGAAGAAGAGGAGGAAGAGGAAGGGCAGGGCUACAGUUUUGAAGAUGAACAGGAUGAAGAAAUUGGGUUAUAGGAGGAGGAACAUCCUGGCUUUGCCCUUUCUUUUCCCCACGCCUAAAAUUUCUGCCAGCCCUCUCUUGCAGAGUUUUUCAGCCUCUACUGCAAUAGUCUGCAACUGGCAGCCCUUUGGUCAAAUAUGGCCAGCAAAUGACUAUUAGCUAAUCCACCAACGUAUCCCUGCCCCUCCCCAUACAGAAGCAUUAUACCUUCAGAUUUCUUAUUGUUGAGUUCAGACAGGAAAACGCCAAUCAGAAUCUCAUGGCAAGGUCCUUGAUGCUACUUUUGAAAAAUAACUUCCAGAAGGUGCUUAUAAUCCUUGUUCUCUCUCCACUUCCCAAUGUCUUGUAUUCCUUCCAAGGCCUGGGGCAGUGCGACUUCCUUGUACUGGAAAAAUACAUCUUGGCUUCAGCCCAUCUUCUCUGUCUGGAAUCAAAGUGACAUACCACCGAGUCUGUUACGAAACUUUCUGUCCAUCGACUGCUCUUGUGUUUAUCAUUUUUACUUAACCAUCUUGAAUUCCAGCUCUCUUGCCCACUGUUGGUUUCUCUCUAUGAACUUGGAAUAUACUUUGAGGAAAGGCCACCUCAGCGAACAGACUGAGAGAAUUUGAGGACACAGUCAUAACCAACAGGCACAUUGUUGGAAGAACAAACAAAGACAGAAUGAUACAGUUUUGGAAACUCUGUCUAAUCAUCUCCCAUUAUGUAGCCAGUCUCUUCUGCCAACAUGUAUGCUGUUGUGACAUUCAAAGGUAUGAAGUCUUCAUCUGUCCACCAGUCCCUUUCCAACUGAUGAACACGAAGUAGCCCAACAGCUUCCAUUUCAGAAUUCAUUCACUGAUCCAUUCUUGCUAUUACACCUGUGGAUCUGUAUAUCCAAAGCAGUACUGUGUCCGUUGUGAGAUUUCUUAAGAGAUGAUCUUGUGUUAAGACAAGAACUUGGUUAGAGGGAGAACAGAAGGGCUUCUUCAUGUUUUCUUGAAUGAAGAAUGAAAAUGAAAAGGAGAUGGCAGGAAGAAUGAAGAAAAGGUGUUUGGUCAUAAUUAGAAGAGACUGUUGAGUGAGCUGCAAAUAGCCACACACCUAGUUGCCUAUGAAGAGGGACAGAAUUUUCUCCCCGUGGCCCACCUCAAUUUUUUUUUGCACCCUGUAUAAAAGAGGCAUCUGUUUUUAACAAUCCACUCAUGUACAAAAAAGGACAAAAUUUUCAACAGACAUGGUAGCUGGAACAAUUCGUGUGUUAUUUUUCUUUCUCUUUUGGCUAGUCACUUUUUAAAUGGAUUUAUUUAUGAAGGACAAAACUUGGAAUGCUCGUGUGGAAAAAAUAUGCAUCUGUUGUUUUUUUUCUUCAUUAAAGCUGUGAUGGGGUCGGGCGGCAAGGCAGGGUUAUGUCCAUAGACAGCAUCUCCAUCCAGUGUGAACUGGAUACCCUUUUAAAUAAGGUGCUCUUAAGCUGAAUACAGCUCAGUGGGUGAGAAGCGGCAAUAACUGGAGAGGGAUUUACACUGGCCAAUGUGUUUUUGAACAGCCCUUCUGUAAUCCCAGAUCCUGAUCCAUCAAAUUAAUAACUUGUCCUUUUGCCCAUCAGAUAGUUCUUUUGCAUUCUUUUUAAAAGGAGACUCUGUUACAACUAUCUUGGCUUCCCUGAACUGGCCUGCGGGAACAUUGUCAAAUCUGGGAUAAAUCAUUUUUGGAAGGUUAAUGGUAAACAGUUGGGAAACAAAUCUGUCUAAAUAUGAAGAAGUGGUGGUACAGCUGUAGAUUUAUUUGUUUGUGCUAAAUGUAAGAAUGCUUAUAUAGGGAUAAUGCCUCCCCCUUACAUUAUCCCUCUGUUCUGCCCCAUAGCCUUUAUCCAUCCUCCUGUUCCUAGGCUGAGAUCUGAGUAUCGAGUAACCAGGAUCACAUUGCUUUGGCAAGCUGUUUCAGGAAAUAGAAAACAACUUUAUCUAGUCUACACAUGAGUGUUUCUCAACCUUGGCAACUUGAAGGCGUGUGGACUUCCAACUCCCAGAAUUCCCCAGCCAGCAUAGCUGAAGUCCACACAUCUUCAAGCUGCCAAGGCUGAGAAAUAUCGCUAUACGUUCUUGAUUCCACCGUGUUUCUGCUUCGGGUUCUUACUCCUGAUUCAUUUAUCGUAAUGGAAAAGGUAUAUAGGACUGUAAUGUAUUAUGGCCUUUCUGAAAUAUCGACCUGCUACAAAAAAGAAAAGUUGUUUUCAUCGCCAGAGUGAGGGUUACCACCUCCUGUCUCUCUGCAUAAAUGGGACAAGAUUUAAAUAUGUCAGUAUUAAGGUGGAAUAAGGGUGCUUUGUACAGUCCUACAGCUGGCAUUGCUACAAGGUAAGGUAUGUGUAACCUGUGGCCCCCGGAAGCUAUGGAUGCAGUUCUGUGAGCUUUGCCAAUAGUUGCUACUGAAUUGUAAUCUUUAAUAUAAGGGAGGGGGAAGAAAUAAUCAUACCAACUCUGUUUCAUUUAAAAUUCAAUGUUGUUUUUGUCUGGUUUUGGGAGCGCAUACCAUUUAAAAAAACAGACGCAUCCCUCUGAUUAUAAAGAGCUAAACACAUUUAUAGUGGAUCUCAGUUACUUACCACCUAUCCUCUAGGACAGUGUUUCUCAACCUUGGCAACUUCAAGCUGUGUGGACUUCAACUCCCAGAGUUCCCCACCCAGCCAGCCAGCUUGAAGUUGCCAAGGUUGAGAAACACUGCUCUAAUAUAACUCUGGACGUAUUUUAUUAAUCUCUGCUCUUUUGCAAAUGAGAAAGGUGAGUGGGGAUGGGGGAGCGGGAAAGAUUUUUUAAGAUUGUGACCAUGCUUAUGUGUCACAUCUCCUUUCUUAGAAAGCUGUCUUGGCUUUGUGGUGGGAAACAUGCUUUCUAAUUUUGUUUUGCUGGGUUGCAUGUCCCAGCAAGCAAUUUCAAGGCCGGAAGUGAAUAUGGUGGUACUGGUGUUUCUUAGCUGAAGAAUGUAAGUUUGGGCAGGGGGUAUCAGAGAAGCUUAAGGAAAUGGAGGUUCUCCAUCAUUUGGGAUUCUCCAUGUGAGGUCUAAAAAGAGUUUUAAUGUAUUAGGGCAGAUUGGUUGCGUUUUCUAGGAAGUACAGUAUAGACAGUUACAAGAGAAGCUGGGGUCCCAUAAAUUAAUGUUGGUCUUCAGCUCAAGGCUCAGAUUUAUUAUGGGUGGAGGUAUCUCCCAACUGCAGCCAACUACAAACAGGAGCUUAGCUGAAGAGUGUUCCAUCAGAUAAUCACAAUAUACAACCAGUUAUUGCUCCAGAUAGUCAACGCAACAGCUCUAAUUUAUGGUGGGAGACUGCUCUAGAAUUCUGAUUUUCAGCAAGGGACUCCCCCAAAGUGACAAGAUGAUAGAAGUGUGAUGCUGUUCAUGAAGGAGACAAAUAAAAAUAUUGGACGACAAAGAGGUGAUUGGAGGGUGGGAGGAAGAGAAUAAAGAUAUGGGUGUGUCCCCUGCAAACUUACAAUUCCAUUAUUUUAUUCUUCUUUGCUGGGUAACUCUACCCACCCAACAUAAGCUACAUUUCUUAAAGCAGUAUGUCUGCAAUGUGAAUAUACUCCAAAAGAGGAGUACGUUUCUAAUUUAUAUAUUAAAAAAAUGAAAACUGGGUCCCAUGUAUCAGGUUGGAGUUAAAAGUGGGUCCUGAGUUUAGAAGUGGUGACGAUUACAGCAUUCAAAAUUCUCCAUCCUGUGAGCAUGACAGGUGUUGCAGCCCAAGCACAUCUGGAGGGGCCUGGUAAUGUAUAUUGUAACCCCAAACUGCCCUUCACUAGACUCUUUAUCUCCAUGUUAAAAUAGGGAAAUCUGGACACUUUUUUCCCUGUGGUGAGUGUGUUUUAUCUUUGUGGUAUGAUUUUAAAGCUGUUCCAUUAAUGAGGUUUGGUUACUGACUGCAAAUGAGAUUGAGGCUGGCCUCUGAUCGGUAAAACCACAGAUCGUUAUUCUCCAAUAUUUGUGUGCAUUUCCGAACUUCUCACCCUCCCACCCAAGAUUUAAUUCUGAAACCUACUUCUUAAGAUCCGCACAGAUCCUUAGAUCUUUUUAUUUUUAAAUAAUUCUUGCAAUCAAUGUAGCAAGAUGGCUCUAUGUAUACAUUUAUCAUUUUAUAAUAGCUCAUUUUAUGGGAUUGCUAUGUAAGAGAAUGUCUAUACAGCCCCCACUCGAUGUGUUUAACUACCAACCUACUAUCAGCCUACUAUUUGUACAGUGACCAAAAAGUGUUUGAUAUUUCUUGUAAUUAAAAGCAAAUUAGUUUCGGA